AUGUGCGAAAUGCAGCAGCAGCAACGGCAGGAAGCAGCAGCAGCAGCAGCAGCAGCAGCAGCAGCAGCAGCACCAGCUGCAACAGCAGCAAUGGAACCAGUAGCAGCAGCAGCAGCAACGGCACCAGCAGCAGCAGCAGCAGCGGCACCACCUUCAACAGCAGAAGCAAUGGCAUCAGCAGCAGCACUAGCAGCGGCACCAGCAGCAGCAGCUGCAACGGCACCAGCAGCAGCAACAGCAGCAACAGCACCAGCAGCAGCAGCAAUAACGGCACCAGCAGCAGCAACAGCAACGGCACCAGCGGAAGCAGCAGCAGCAACAGCAGCAGCAGCAGCAGCGGCACAACCUACAGUGGCACCGGCAGCAGCAGCAGUACCAUCAACAACAGCUACAGCAGCAGCAGCAGCCGCAUCAACAACCACAACAGCAGCUACAGCAGCAGCAGCAGCAGCACCAGAAGCAACAACCACAACAACAGCUACAUCAGCAGCAGCAGCAGCAACAACAACAACAAAACCUACAUCAGCAGCACCAGCAGCAGCGACAACAACAACAACAAAAGCUACAGCACCAGCACCAGCACCAGCACCAGCAGCAGCACCAGCAGCAGCAGCAGCAGCAGCAGCAGCAGCAGCAGCAGCAGCAGCAGGAGCAGCAAGGACCAUCUGGGCAUCCGUUCAUCGUUACUGGUGCCUCGUGUUGCCUUCACAUGGAGCACCUGCAGCAGUUUGCUGCUGCAGCUGCAGCAGCCAGCAGAUAGCUUCUCUAUAG